AUGACAUUUCUGGAUGUCGAAGCACGACAACGAGCACUCAUCGGUGCUUGGCUAGGUCUUUGGUCGGAUGAACUUAUUACACCUAUGGGACCGUCACAUUCAAUUGGAUAUCAAUUGGGAUCACAUUUUGGAAUUCCUCAUGGAAUCUGUUCAUGUUUAACUCUUGCUGGUACCGUUGCCAUUCAAGCCAAGUAUUUACCGGAUACCGAAGUUAAACAGCUCGGAUCUCUCUUGCCGUUUGUAACGAAAAUCACGCCACACGAAGACAUUGGCGGUCCACGCGAACAAGCCCUGAAAGUAUCUGAAGCCAUUGCUAAACUGAUUGCCGAUUUGGAUCUUACUAGUACAUUGCAUGACUUUCAAGUACCUAUGUCCAACUUUGAAGGGAUUAUUGAACGGGCACUUCCUGAUGGCAAGACCGAUCUAAGAUACAAAGAUUUUGUUACACUUCUUGAAAAUAUCUAUUGA